UAUGUUAUACGAAGAAGUUCGCGGUAUAAUCCAUGUAUACGGGCCUGCAAUUCUGAAUGUAAGCGUCUUUUUGAUGUGACUCGAAAUGCGAACUAAAUUGUGUUUUCAGAACGUAUACAAUAGGCAGGCAGAAGCCGCAUGAGUGAAAGGGUAAUGACGCGCAGAGGAGGUGAUCAUCACAGUGUUUUUUUAACAAAUGGCUCUAUCCGAGGUGCACGAUGUAGCUACGAUUAUUAGCAACAAUUGUUUCAGUGUUGACAAGAUGAAUUUGGAAGAUGAGGACAAUCAAGAUUUAAACAAUUCCAUGGUCAAUGAUUUAGUUUCCAAAAUUCUCGAUGAUGACUCUACCAUCAUCGAUCAUACUUAUAACAAUAGCUAUAAUAGCAAUUUUCCGUUUUUAUCAUUACCUCAUUUUUGCAAUGUCAAUAGAAUGGAGGAUAAUUUAAAAAUUCCCCAAAAUGAUGCAAUUGAUUGUAAUGAUCAUUAUCCACUGAACAAAUUGAUGAACAAUAGUUGUAACUCAAAUAUAAUUGAUCAAAAUUCUAGUAAUCUUUGUCAAGAGUUAAGAACAUUAAGUCUGAAUGGAUGCAUGGAACAACCUAUUAUAUCAGCAGAUCAAAGAAAUUUAUAUAGUAGUGGAAUGUUAAGAAGCGGAUAUACUAAUAAUUCUCAUCAAUUUGCUGCACACUCUACCAAUGAAAGUUGCUGUAGUAUAACUAAUCCAUCAGUUUGUAAUGCUUUACUGACAACAGCAGAUGAAAUAAAUUAUACAAAACAGUCUUCUAGUUGGCCAGAAACUUUAAUGACUCCAGUAACUACACAAGAUACGCUCACAAAUUAUCAACGGAUUCGAACAUCUAUUGAUUCAGAUUUAAAUUUUAAUGAUGCUUUAAAUUUAGCCUCAGAAUCACCAAAUUUGACUGUUAUGAAUGAAGCAGUAUACUAUAAUAGCUUUAGAUCAAGUGCACCUUUAAAUUUACACGAUAAUCCUACAGUUGCGUCUCAUGAUUUGUACAAUAUGACUGGAAAUAAUCAAACUUAUAGACCAAAUUCAACAAUGAUAAAUCUUAACACGGAUGCUUCUUUUGGAACAAGUUCUCCACUGCAGCAUUUCACUUCUAGUGAUAUAACUCUGCAGAAUUGUUUUGGAAAUAAUACUCAACACAAUGGUAUUGCAGAGUACAAAGAUUUAUACGAACCUAUUAGAUUAAGUACCGGAAAUGUUACUAUGAAUAAUGAACAAGUUUGCUUACUACAGCAGCAAACAUCUAAUUAUCAAAUAGAUCGAUCUGUGGACCAAAACCAUAAGCAUCCAAUUGACUGUUUUCCUUGUACUAAUGAAUGUGCUGUGCCAUCUAUUAAUGAUUUAGACACAAAUGAGAAUAUUUGCAUUAGUAGCAAUUAUGACCAUAGAACUGAUAAUAAUUUAUUAAAGAUUAUAAAUACUAAGCCAAAGACUAUGGAGACAAAAAUGUACUCCUCUAUCGGUUUUCCAAAAAAUAUAAGCCCGCGAGAUGAAAAUGAGGCAAUAGUUAAAUAUGAUUAUCAUAAUUAUCAACAUAAUGUUACAAAAAAUGUGGAGAACUUGAAAACACUGUCGCAAAACUUUACGCCGUAUCACAAGGAUUUAAAGCAAUCUCAUACUAAUCCUGCAUAUAAAAUGCAGUCAUGUGGUUCAUCUGAUAAAGUGGCUUUUACAUCAAGAAAUCGUUUGACCAAUAAGAUUAAUGAAUCUGCUCUUGGAAGAGAUGUUUUCAAUUAUGUCAUAAAACAACAUCAAAUGCCAAGUGUUCAAAAUAUAUCUAGUAUUCCACCACCUGAUCUAAUGUUUAAUUCAACUUUAAUACCAAAUAUGACUGCUGGAAGACCUGGAUUAUUCUCUCCAAUGAUGCCAGUUCCUGUUCCACUUCCUAUUCCACCUAUUUACUCAAUGUUAUAUGGUGGAGGACUCAAUCUUAAAGGCAGUAAUACUAUAGCAAGACGCACAGGUCCAUCAAGUAUAUUGCAUCUUAGAUUAGAACAAACUUAUGAACAAUUUAAACAAUUAGAAAAAGAAAGGAAGAAAUGUGAGGCUGGAUUGGCUGCACAGUUUCCUGGAAAAAGAGUAACCAGUGCAAAUAAUAUACCUAUUCCACGACUGCAAGGAAAUCCAUCAAGAGUAGAUCGAUUAAUUAUUGAUUAUCUACGAGAACAUGCCCGGGUGAUCACAUUAAUAGCAAAAAUGGAAUGCUUGCGUGGAAGUUCAAUGAAUCAACGUAUACACAAGGCAAUGCAGUAUUGGCUAGAAGCAAUCAAAUUUGUUCAAGACUGUCGAAAGCAGGAGAUCGCGAAUGCUACCAAACGUCAAAAAGAAAAUCCUCAUUGCAUUCUCGUCUAUAAUGAUAAUGAUAUAUUAACUCUGGCCAACAGUGUUCAUGAAUUGACAAAGGCAUCUCGUUAUGCAAGAAGUGGUAUGUACAAUGCAAUGCAAGCCACGUUGCUGUGCGAUUUGGAUUUAGAGAAGAAAAUCGUUGAGACUUCUGAUGAUCCAGUUCUUGUGAUAAAGCGUAUUGAAAAUCAGAAAACUGCUGGGAUCAGCAACCUUUCUAAUAAUAAUUAAAAAGUUCAUGAAGAUUCUUGCUUGUACAUUGGUUGAUAACAGCUUUUUAUGUAUUUGGCGUUCACAAACAUUUUUCAGUGGCUUCUAGAAAUGUUUUCAAUAACCUUCUCUUUAAAACUUAGAAUGGCACUACAUACAAAAGCUACUUGGAGAGAAUUAUGUGUGUUAGCUUAAAUGAGAAAAUAUUUCCACUUUUAUUAGUUCACAUCUGUGAAAGCUAAGUCUACUAACUUUUUACAAGUUAUUUGUAUAACUCCAUAGUUUUCUAAUGUGUAUUCAAUACUUAAAAUCUUAUAACAUAAAGGGUGUUUAUGGAGUAUUUUGAUGUGCACAAUUUAAGGUUCGAGUGUACGUCACAUAAUUGUAUGUAACUUUGCUUAUUUGAUGGUACUAUAGAAAGCAAAAUGAACAAAUGCCAAUUUUCUUUAUUCAUCAUAGCUGAGACCAUGUAUUUAUUUUCUAAAUUUAUCGAAUUUUUUAAUUCAUACAAAAAAAUUUUUCCUAUGUAAGCAUCUGAAAUGAUCAUUGAUUGAGUUACUCAGUUGCGCCAUAGGAUAAAUAAUCUAGGCUACAUUUUAUCGAUAUUGAUUUAGAUAAUAGGAAAUAAUAUUUUAGACUAGUUCAAUGUGGCCUUCCUUAAAUAUAUGACCCAGAUGUGUGUCAAGUAGACAAUUCCUUCGAAACUUUAGGCGAUAUUAUAUAUUCUCCAAUACUUUAAAAGUUUAAUAUUUGUAAAGGUGCAAUCGGAUUCGUUUCGAUAUAUGCAACAUUUUUGUUGUCUUUAAUAUAUAAUUCAAAUGCUAACAAUUGUACUAUGUGCAUUAUUCACUGCAGUACAUAUACUUAAGACACAUUGGUUGCAUAUAAGAUUAAUGCGCAAAUUAGGUACAGAGUAUUCACCGAUAAACGCACAAUCACAUAACAUUUAUGUACACAUGCUAAACUUUUCAUAUAUCGUCCAUUUACACAUAUCUGUGUGCAUAGAUGUAACAUAAUCUCGUGAGUGUGCAUAAUAACAACGACAUGAUAUUUCUGACAAGCAGAGAUAUCUUAGUAAAUUAGUAAUAUAGUAAUUAUAGUACAUUGAAGAGAAAAAAAUAUAUAUAUAUACAAUAGCGACACAUUGUGUUGGCUUCUUUGAUGCCAGUUGUUGGGUCUGUGUGAUCUUAAAACUGCCUCGAGCAUCUGAUUGGUGUUAUGAGAAUACUUGAAUAAUUUAAUUGAAACAUUGUACUUGGUAAUGCUAUGAAAUGACCUAACCACUGCUGCCUAAUAUAGUAUAAAGCAUAUUACAUAUAUUAACAAAAUAGGGUUUGUGAGAUAAUAACGACAGUUUUAGAUAUAUCAUUCUUUUAUAGAUAAUAUAUGUAGUUCAAUACUUGCAAAAUGUAAUACAUUUAUAGUGAUGUGUAUGCUUUGUUUUGUUCUGUGAGGUACUUAGUACAAGGAUUCUAGAAAUAGAGUAAAGUUUUCUCCUUUAAGAGCACACUUUUUGAAAGAUAUUAGACAUGUUUGAAUAUAUCCUCUUUAAGGAUUUAGUGUGGGAUAUUAACACGUUUUGAAAAAUAAUGUAUUUGUAAUUCAGGAAUUUUCUGCAUUUACUCCAUCUUUAAGAAUAAGAGAAUAAUGAAUUCCUUAGAUCUCCUAGAACAUUAGAAUGUAGAAUGGGGUUUUUUCAAAGCUAUAGAAGAUACAGUUGUAUCUUCUUUCUACUAAUAUCACAUCCGCCCAUUAUUAAAUGCAGAUUCACUCAGAUACGACAUUGAAAUAUGGAAGCCUAGGCAUGCUUUAAAUCACUAUUGUCCGUGUCGCUACUGUAUAUCAUUUUACAUCAUGACUUUAGGAAAGUAUAAAUUUAAUCGAUUAUAUUAUAAUGCUUCAUGAAAGCAAUUAUUUUUCACGUUAUAUAUUAUUAUCAGUUUUACUUCGUGUUAAGUGACCACUAGUAUUCAAGACUUUAUAUCUCUUAGCAAACUUGCUACGCUUAUUCGUGGUUAACUUUAACCAGGGAUGUGAGGUCAAUAGGAUUUCACUGCCCGAACAUAUUUAUGCACAAAUUUAAAAAAUUAUAAUUGUAAAAUGGAAGUUUAUGUUAAGUUGAUAAAUCUUACAUUUAUUUUAUUUAGAUUUCCUAUGGCCUCAUAAUUCUAGCUAAUCGCACACAAACGGCAAUGCUAUUUUUGUACAACUAUGUUUAACAAUUUUAUGAAUAUCUAAAUGUUGGGGCCAAUCAGAUUGUAUUUCUGUAAAAGCUAAUUAUCACAUCCCCAGUUAAGGUUUAAUCUGUAUAAGAAAAUACUUAUCAUUCGGGAGCAUGCAUUAUUUGUGUAUUUGUAUAUAAUUGCAAGGAUUUCUAAAGCAAUUGUAAAAAAAUAUAUAUGUCGAUAGAUAUGUCUUCGGUAGUGCGUAUAGUAUGAUUGAGUGGUCGUUCCAAAUGUUGAAAGUUGUGUUUUAGUUUUUCAAAUAUAUAUAAUCAGGGAUCUUCUUUUAUUAAUUUAUAUUAAUAUUUCUUAUAAUAUGACCUUAUAUAUAUAUCGACGUAAUUGCUGGCUGUUCAUCCCUUGUCCAAGAAAUACUUGUAAAUGUGUCAAUUUUGACAUUAACUCCGAUAAAAACGUUGCAAUAUUACAAUAUUAGACUGUAUCGCAUUAGUUUACGUAAUAAUAUAUUACCUCAAAACUUGCCAUGAAACAAGUCUUCUUUUCAGUGUAAGCUGUCAUAAGGGACAUGAGUUGAACAUCCAGUAUGUUAACACAUGUGAUAAUGUUAAAUAAUUUAUGCUCUACGUUAAUUCAAACUAACCGGAAAUAAUGAGAAAGUAGUGAAUAAUUAAACAUUAAAUUGAAUAUCAAUCGUGAUAGGAAACGCGCGCGAUGUGCGAACUAUAAUUAUUAUAAAAUUAUUGAUACUUUUGAUUGGUGUGUUUGUUUCUUUUUCUUUUUUUUUUUCUUUAGCUUAUUAUACGAAGUUAACAUUGUAAAAAAAAAAACACAGGUCUAUAUAAAUUUUACAAUUUUUGGUAAAUUUCUUGUUUUCCUAUAUAUUUGUUUAUAUUUAUUUCAGUAUAAAAAAAAAGUAAAAUUUAAUUAAAAAACAAAGUGCACGCAUUUCUCUAAAGCAUAUACAUACGUGCUUGUAAGAGUCACAAUAUUGCAUUAUACAUUUGUAUGGCGAUUGAUUCCAUUAUUGUCAUACUUUAUACUAAUGGUUGCUUUUCUUAUUGAUUUUACGAUGUAGGUACAUACAUACGUACGUUAUACGGUUUAUGGUAUCAAAGGAAAGAAAGAAAAAAAGAGAGCAAAAAAAGAAGUGUUAUGCAAUAUAUAGUAUUUAUCUCAUCAGAUCUCUUUCACAAUAUGAAUAGACAUUAAAAUUUAUUGUAUUUACGGGACAAGGAUAAUAUAUACAAGGAAGAAUAUGAGCGUAUGAUUAUGAAAAUUAUUUAGUAUAUUUUCAUUUUGAAAUAUUUUCACAUUUCGAUUUGAAUUAUAUAAAAAUUGGCAAGCACGAAAAAAGUAAGUAUAUUUCUUUUUGGAAAGAAAAAAAGAAUAAUUCUCUUUUACGUAGCGUAAUAAAAUUUUAAGUAUAGCGUGUGUGAGUGUGACAAAAUAUGCUUUUUAAUAGCUCCAAUGAUUUAUUGCAUUUUCAUAAUCAUUUGCUCAUACAAGGACGCACACUCCACGGGCACGGCUUUCGUUCCGUCGUUGAGUAGGACAAAAAAGAUAUUAAUAAUAUCGCGUAUUCAUUUUUGAUACGAUAUAUUACGAUCAAUGAUAAAGGAUCAUCUCUCGUUGAUCAAGGAGGGGAAAAACUUCAUAUAAUAAGGUGCCUACGAUAAACGGAAAUAUCUAAAUGUGCGAUUUCAGAUUUACGUCCUUUUCCAAAAAAAAAAGAAAGAAAGAAAGAUAAAUUCUAUUCACGGUUCUGAUUAGAGACAAUUUAUCGAUCGAACGCUCGAAAUCUUUAUGGGAAUUACUUUAAUCAUAAAUAAUUCAUCGUUAUCUUAGCGAACGUAUAAUGUAUAUUUCUCGGCCUAUUUUUCUAGUUGUAAUAAUCACGAACGAAGAAAGUUAAAUCGAAAUCUAUGGAAUCGACGUUUCCUCAUUAUUAUUCUCUUUUCUUCUUAGCGCGUAUUUGUAUCUUAGCUGAAAUUUCUCAAAGAUGCUCUUUCUCGUGUAUAAUUAAUAGAAACGAUUCGUGAUCGGUGAAAAGGGCGGAUGGGGGAGGGAGGUCCAAGGGAAAAAACCGUGCAUAUCCUAUGAAAAGAAAAUGAAAAAAUAAAAAUCCGAAAACGAAAGUAUAGCCUUAGGGAGAUACAUACAUACAUACAUACAUACAUACAUACAUACAUACAUACAUACAUACAUACAUACAUACAUACAUACAUACAUACAUACAUACAUACAUACAUACAUACAUACAUACAUACAUACAUACAUACAUACAUACAUACAUACGUACGUACAUACAUAAGUAUAUGCAUACAUUGGAUACAUCCGUACAUACAUACAUACAUAAAUUACAUACGUACGUAUGUAUAUAUAGAAAUACACACAAUUAUAUACAAGCUUGUUGGAUGAAAGAAACUAUAUCGAAAGUUCGUAAAUGAUGACAGAGAGAGAGAGAGAGUAACGAGAUAAAACGAUCAAAUAAUAAUAAUAAUAAUAAUAAUAAUAAUAAUAAUAAUAAUAAUAAUAAUAAUAAUAAUAAUAAUAAUAAUAAUAAUAAUAAUAAUAAUAAUAAUAAUAAUAAUAAUAAUAAUAAUAAUAAUAAUAAUAAUAAUAUUAAUAAUAAUAAUAAAUAAUAAUCAUUGGUGUAUGUAUUACAAUUGCGUAACAUUAAUAAUGAUCGACAAGAAAAAGAAAAAAAAAGAAAAAACAAAAACAAAGAAAGAAAACAAGAACUAUAUUGUAUCUAUAUACAUAUUAUACAUUAUAUGGUGCUAGUUGUGACAUAAACAAAAAAAGCAGUGCUUUAACAGAAGUUUCCUUCCGCGAUUGUCGUCAUACAUUGUAACUGUGAUAUCUAUAAUGCCAAUUUGUAUAUAGCUAUGCAGUUCUUACGACAAAAGCUCGACGAAAGUAGCUGGCAUAUUAUAGUCAAUUUUCUUUUCUUCGUUUUUUUAUUUUGUUGUUGUUAUUGUUUGUUGUUGUUGUUAUCGUUGUUUUUUUUCUCUUUUUUUCGUUCGACGAAUUAUUUUCAUUAAACUCCGUAUGUAUCUUAAUUUUAUUCGUGUGUGUGCAUCAUGACGUGGGCAAGAGAAAAAAUCUGACGUUUGGUACAAAAAAACGUUUAUGUACAAUAUAUUGUCGUACGUGAAUGGUCAAUUGCGUACUAUUAUAUGAAUUAUACUAUUCGUUUAUAGAAUUAAUAUUGUAAAGAUCUUGUGCACUUCUAGUUCGAAUAGUGUUCUUUUUUUUUUAUACAUACACGCAUGUAUACACACAAAUACUUACAUACACACUCUCGUUAUUUCGUCUAUCGUAUAAUAUGCGCAAAAGAGUAUUAUUGUGCACUUAAGGUCAUUUUCAAUCCCACGCUAACGAAGGCUCUCUCUCUCUUUCUCUCUCUCUCUCUCUCUCUCUUGAAGAAAAAGAAGAAGAAGAAAUAGAAAAAGAAAAAGAAAGAGAGCCGAAUUAACGGGGACGUAAUAACGAUGUUUCCAUAGAAAUGAUGCGUACUUUUCGCGAUAAUAGGAUAUUAAAUUCUUCCCCUCUCCCUCCUCCCGAUUUAUAGCCAAAAAUCAAUGUUUAUUAUCAGCUAUAUCUGUAGAAUUUUGUAAAUAGAACUUCCGAAUAUGUGACUAUAAAAAAUCACGAACGAAUGUUUUAUCGAACGAAGCCGACUCUGUGCAACGAAAAAUCUUAUACUCUGUUCGCACAUUUCAUGGGAUCGUUUGUUAUUUUUGACAAGGAAUCUAUGAUUGAAAAGAAUCAAAAUCUAUCAAUGAUGUAAUUAAUGCGAACGUAAUUGCUUAUAUUAUUAUUAUUAUUAUCGAUAUCUAAUGCCUUUUUAAGAUCGAUUUGUUCACAUUAAUAAUAUGUGAAAAUGCUCAUUAUAUUCGUUAUUCGCGCCUUCGAUCGAUCGGAUAAACGAACAAAGUAUGUCAAAGUGUGAGCCUAUCUUUUAGAUAUUUCCUAGUAUAACGAUGUUAACUAUUUAGAUGAACGAAAUUAACACGCAUAUUGUUUCUCUGACACUGAUAAUUAAUUUAAGUAAGUUCUCGAUUUUCAUGUGCGUGUUGUACUUAUUUGUGAUGCUCUUAUGACUGGAAGAUAAUGUGUUUUAAGCUGUGGUAGUAAAAAAAACAAAAAAAAAAACAAAAAAAAAAGAAGAAAAAUUAUAUGUAAAAAUUUAGCGUAUAAGCGAUAGAAAAUUUUUAUUAUGAACAUUCGUUCUAAGGCUGAAAAAAGCUAUCUGCAUGAUACAUAGAUUAUAUUCUAUCGUAUUUUUCAUGAAGUGAAUAUUUUGAGUAUAUUAUCGAAUGGUGUCAUUCGAAUGGAUGUUUUUUUUUUAUUAAUCAUAUAAGUAUUUAUAAAUUUCUUAUAUCUUUAUAUACCAUUGAAAGCUUAUUCAUUGUUUACAAGAAUUCUAAAUAAUCUACAUACAUGGCUCAUCUUUUUAUAAUAUUCAUAUUUGACAUUACAUGUAUUUACAUAUAUACAUAUAUGUAUUUUGUACUUUUUAUUACUUUUUUUGGAUUAUAUUACUUAACACGUUCGUUUUCAUUCAUCACAUUCUCAUUAACGGACCAGAGUUCACAUUUCACAAUAAAAAAAUAAUAUUUACGAUGCAAAUUCAAUAAAUAUAACAGUUUACAACUGAAAUCUAAUAUAUUUGAGAUGUUUAGAACGUUUAGCUGGCUUCUUGAAUAUAUUUAUUAUGUUUGUACGUAAAUUAUUUCAAAAUAUAUCUAUAUUAAGUCGAAUAAAAUGAUCAAUAGAAAGUAUAAUAACAUGAUUUGUACGAAUUUUUCAACGGAAUAACAAACGAACGUGUUAAAGUGAAAAUCAAUUGAUAACAUAAAUGAGUAGAAAAUAAACUAUCUCGUGGAUAUGGGAUGAAUGUUUUUUCUGGAUAGCUUCGGCCUUAGACGAUAAACGAAUUUACUGCUUUUUGUGGGAGAUACUGUAUGUAAAAGCCGAACUAAUUAAACGUAUUCAGAAAUGUUUUAACAUGUUUAACAAAGAAAAUGUAUAAAUAAUUGUAGACCUUCGUAAAACACGAAAUCGUCGUCGAAUCGUCCUAAACCGAGUAAACGUAUGAGCGUACGUACAAAAAAAAAAAAAAGAAAAAAAAAAAAAGAAAAGAUAGAGUCUGUCGCUAGAUCAUUUAAUGAUGAAAAUUUGCUAUAUUUCACGUUAAUCGGAAAUUUUCUUUUCCUUUUCCGAAGAAUACGGCAGCUUAUAUUUAUAAAGAAAAUGUGCGCAGGUAUACUUACCUUAUCACCUCGUUUGAUACGCUGCAUCGUUAAGAAUAGAUGGUACAUAUCUGUAUAGGUAUGUGUUUGACAAUCCUAUUUAAAAGAAAAAAAAAGUGCAUGUGAUAUUGUAAAUUAUUGGAUAGCUAGAUACGUACAUACAUAUGUACUUAUUACGCGCUGAUGAAUAUAAACACAGAUGAAUAAAAUAUUUAAAAGCGCUCGUUCUCUAAUAUUCGCAAGAGAACAUAGUCUUUCAUCAUUCGAAAUAAAAAAAGGAAAAAAACAGAAAAAAGAGAGAAACAAAAAAGAAAGGGAUAGAUAGAAAGAGAGAGAGAGAGAGAGAGAGAGAGAGAGAGAGAGAGAGAGAGAGAGAGAGAGAGAGAGAGAAGGAAAAAAAUACACGAAAUUCUUACUAAUCUUACAUAUGAAAUUUACGAAAGUUUUAUGCCAACCGCAAGUGUAUCGUUCUCGGAAGAAUAGAAGUUUAAUAAGGAAAAAAAAAAAAACUGCAAUAAUAAAAGGAAUGCCGCGUAAUAUACUAACGCUCAAAGUACAGGUCAUUCCAGAUUCUAUAUAUAGGCUGAAUUAAUUACUCGUAUUAACUAUUAAAAUAUUGUAAAAAAAAAAACGGAUGCGUUUAAAAAGAAAAAAAAACAAAAAUAAGAAAAAGAAAGUCAUCGAUUAGAUAACGAAUAAGUAUUUUCAUUCAAAGAUUAAGUUUGAUUUUACGAAGUCAACAUUUUCUCGCGAUUUUUGAGCUGAGAAUAGAGAUAUCGUAGUAACGAUGAAACAUUAAUUUGUAGAAACGCGAUUAGUUAAAAUGAGAAAUAAAUUCGUUUUAUAUACGUAACAUCGAAUGAUAACAGCUAUUUAUAUCCUUCGUCAAGAUUCGAAUUAUGCAAAGGAGAAAGAGAAAGGGAAAAGAGGAAGAUAAAAGAAAUAUGAAAAAAAAUAGAAAGAAGAUCCUAACGUGCAGUAUCUCUCUUAAUUAAACUUAUUGCUAGGGGGAAAAGAAAAAAACAAAAAAAAAAACAAAAAACAUGAAAAAAAAGAACAAAAAAUAAAAGAAAUAUUAAUUGACGAUAUAUAAAAGUAGGAAGGCUAGGCAGGACCGAAUUAAAAAUGGCAACAAUAUAUACGAUAGACCAUCGAUUAUCCGAAUCCAAAUGUUAAUUCUAGAUUCUAAAUCUUGAGCUGUGUGGAUGAAAAAACAAUGUCGUGUUGGAAUAUGAACGAAUUAAAAUAUGUAAAUUGCACGAAAAUAAUUUUUCUUUUUAUAUAUUCAAAUCGUAUUAAAAGAUUAAAGUAUCGCCGAACGACACGGGUGAUCGAGAAUCUAUUGUACCUAUAUAAUUCAGUGAUAAAAUAACACACAUUCACAAAAGACACAUAUACAACGUAUACGUUGAAAGUGAUUGUCGUAUGUGAUGUGAUGAUUAUAUAUUCACUGAAUAUAAUAAAUAAUAUUUGGAUUCUUAUUGUUAGACUUGUGUACUCUAUGUUCCUUAUACUUGAAACUUAAUGCAAAAUGGAUUUUUUUCUCCGGCAAGGUGCGCUUGAAAAUUCGUACCAGGUACAAGUCUUGAAUAUGUAUAUUAUAUAAAAAUUGUACAUUUUCUUGCGCCAUACUUGCACUUAGGAAUAAGAAAUCGUGGUUCUAACACAUGUCUUUCGUAAAUGUACUUUAAUGGAUUGUAUGCGUCGUAAAAGAAAAAAGAAAGAAAACAAAAAAAAAACACAAAAACAAAAACAAAAAGAAAAAAAAAAACGAGAAGAUAGGGUCUAUAGAAAAAAGCGAACUAUAUCUGCGAGUCCCACAUUUUGUUACAAGUUACACCCUAAAUAGAUAUUUUAGAAUACUGGACCGUGUGCAUCCAAUGAAUUAACCGGCUUAUGCAAAGUGCAUUUUUGUUGCGAUCAUUUUUGUUUUCCUCUAUAAUUAUAUAAAUCGACUAGGAUUCAUUUAAUUUUGAUUAUUGCCCUAGCAUUGUUAUACACGUGAUAAUACAGUCUGAUUGAUAUCAAUUAUAAUAUAUAACUAACUUUCAUACCAGCUGUUUAAUAAAGAUGAUGUUAUUCAAGUCUCUAUAGUCGUUCAAGAAAAAAAUAACAUUUUUUCGAGACAUGUAACUUUUGAGCAUUGUACUUUUUAGGAAUGAUAGAUAAUAACAGAGAUGAUCGCAAAAUCUUCUUCACUAGUCUCGUAUUCGAAAUUUGAUGAGAGGCUCCUUUCGUAGAAUGCUUCUCUCAAUGUUGCAAUUAUGCAACAUUGCAAGAGAGAUAUGAAAGAAACUGACCAAUAUUUGAUGCGCAAGCUUCCUACUGUGCAUAUACAUAUUAAAUACAUGUUGCCAGGUUAAGAAUUUCGCUCUAGUGUUGAUAAAUAUAUGUUAUAUUCGGAUAUAUUAGUAAUUUCACUAUCAAUGUUUUACAUCGAAUGUGCAAACAAAUUAUGUGUAUGUGUAUAUAUAUAUAUGCAUAUGUAUAUAUAUGUAUAGAUACGUACACAUGGAAAGGAUAUGAUAAUUUCUGCGUAUGUAUAUGAAACGUAUAAUGGAAACUGUACGCAUGUGUAAUGCAAUCAGUUUUACAAGGUGCACGUAAUCACGAAAUGCGUAUGUUUACGAAGACGUAAUAUUAUUGUGUAAACGCUAUUGCAAAUAUAAAUAUUGAGUUUAUGUAAGGUUUUGUAUUGUUAAAUGAUUUUCAAUAGCUGAUGUAACUUAGUAAUAUAUGCUGUCAUUAAAAUUUUCCAAUA